UACUCGAGAAAGUUCUCUUGCGGAAGAAGGAUGUCAAGGAAUGCUUGAAUGUAGCCAGUAACUCCGUUUUAUUUUCUCGGAAUGGAUUUUAGGGCUGUAACUCGGCUGCUUGUCCUCGCAGUUUUGGGAUGGUGUUUUGGGGAAGUGUACAGUGACGGAGAGGAGAGCAGCGAGUUCACGUUCCUGUUGCAAGCCGGGAAAUCGGAUUGUUUCUUUCAAAGGGCAAUACAGAAUGGUAGGAUGGAGGUGGAAUAUCAGGUAAUAGGAGGUGCCGGCAUGGAUGUGGACUUCACCAUCAUCUCUCCAGAAGGCACGCUGUUGAUUGCAGAGUCCCGGCGCUCCGAUGGACUUCACAUGGUGGAGACCACAAUGGAGGGAGACUAUCAAGUCUGCUUUGACAACAGCUUCAGCCACUUCUCAGAGAAGUUGGUGUUCUUCGAGCUCUAUGUGGAGGGUCAAGGAGGAGACGUGGAUGGUGAUGAAGAGUUGGGCGGAUUAGAGGAGUCGGAUGAAAACAUGCUGCAGUACAAGUUGCAGGACAUGCGGGAGUACAUGGAUUCUAUGCACAAACGACUGGAGCGUGGUCGGCAAAUGCAGACAGUGCUGCGAGCCUUUGAGGCACGGGAUCGAAACCUCCUGGAAGACAACCUCUGGAGGGUCUCGUUUUGGUCGUGUGCCAGCGUACUGGUGAUGCUGGGCGUGGCUUUCACCCAGGUCUACACCGUGCGCAAACUCUUUGACGAUAAGCGGAGGGUGUGCACAUAGGAGGGACUUUCUGCGGUGAGACAACACCUGCAGGGAAUCCAGCUGUUAAGAUGUGGAGAUACUGAUAUUUAAUUCAAAUGAGUAGCAGCAGUCUGAGCAAUAACCAACAGUUCACAGCGGCCUUUUCCUUCCUUUAGUGCCUUUUUAGUGUUGAAUCAUACGGAUGCAUUUUAAAAGGCAAUGCAGGGCAUUUUGCAGUUAAAAAGAUAUUUCUUCUAAAUGUCCGGUAAAGGUGAAAAGUCAGUGAAUGGCUCGGUUCUUCCAGUUUACAAGGGGAAACUUUGUGCAAUAAUCUUUUUUUUUGUUCCUCUUUGCCGUUUUUGAAGUUGAAUUGUAUGAUUUCUAGUUUGUGUGCACACGUGCCAGCACUGCUAUACAUCACGUCAAAUAUGCCAAUAGCAAUGUGCCUGUGUUUAAUGCUCUGUGAGUUGACCCCUUUUUUUCUUUUCUUCUGUAUUGUGUUUAUUUUCCUUGUCAACAAAAAGUACUGCCGUAGUAAAAUUAAAAGUAUAAGGUUUUCA